CCCCCCCACCCGAGGACUGGGGUGGGAGUGGCUUUAACUCGUGGCUCAUGCGCUCCAGACAAAUAAAAUAUUUAAUAAGGAAACGCCUUCCAGUUGGCAGGAGUAACCAGAGGAGCGUCAACAUCACCAUGGCCGACGUGGAGGAGUGCGGGUUCUCCCUCAUGAGCCUGGAGGACGAGCUGACCUGCAGCAUCUGCCUGAGCACCUUUGACUGCCCGGUCACCAUCCCCUGCGGACACAACUUCUGCCAGGAGUGCCUGCUCUCCUCCUGGGGCGACUCCUACAGCUGCCCCCAGUGCCGGACCAUGUUCGAGGCCAGGCCGGAGCUGAAGAAGAACACGGUCCUCAGCACCGUGGUGGAGACCUUCAGGGCGAGGUCCGGCAAGGGAGGCCCGGUUAUGGAGAAGGAGGAAGAGGAGGAAGAGGAGGACGACGUGGUCCGCUGCGACACCUGCAUGGAGGCGGUCGCGUCCCAGACCUGUCUCACCUGCAUGGCCUCCUUCUGCGAGGAGCACCUGCGGCCCCACCGGGAGAACCCCACCUUCCGCCUGCACCAGCUGACCGAGCCCGUGGGGGACCUGUCGGAGCACGUCUGCACCGAGCACCACAAGCUGAUGGAGCACUUCUGCACCGACCACGGCCGCCUGAUCUGCAGCCUGUGUCUGCAGCAGGUCCACAGAGGCUGCUCCUUCACCUCUCCGGAGGAGCAGAGGAGCAAGAAGGAGUCUGAAUUUAGAGACAAGCUGGGCAUACUGGACCUAAAGAUCGACAGGACUGAUAACAUCGUGCUUCAGAUGAGCGAGCUGGAGGGCAAGCUGAAGGACGCAGCGAGCCGGAGAAAGAUGGCGCUGGCUGCGGCGUACCAGCAGAUAGCUGAGCUGCUGGCUCAGGACGAACACUUGGCCCAGCACGAGGUGGACUGCGAGCUGGAGGCUGGUCAGAACAAACUCCGGAGCCUCACAGAAAAGUUCACAGACAACAGCGAGAGGAUGAAUAAAGCCAGAGAGGAGAUCAACAACCUGCUGAGUCAGGUGCAAACGCCAGCCUUUCUUCAGGCUUCAUUUGAAUUGCCCAAGGUGGUUAAGUUUGAGCCCCACCUCCCUCGAAUUAACCUGGACUCUAAAAGGGUGACGGCUGCUCAGAGCUUUGCUGCCAUCCUGCAGGAGAACCUGGUGACGCUUUUCACUCAGCCUUUCGAGGCCAGAUUACCACUGCUUAAACCAGAACUGAACACUGACUCAGCUGCAUCUGGGCAAGCUCCUUCGUCAGGAGCUGCAGGUGGAGAAAAUACUAGAUCCUGGACCGAGCUUUCGUCUAUUGCAGCAUCCCAGAAGCCCCCGGAGCACAGACCUCCACCCAGGUCCCACAGUCCUGGCCGUCCACCUGUCCAGGAUAUCUACAAACCCUUCCAUUUUCCUACUUAUAAUCAGUCAACAUGGAACCCACAACCGUUUCAGCCAACCGGUUUCUCCAGGCCACUAAUCUUCCCUGGACAGCAGCCACACAAGAAGGCUGAUGGUGGGCACCAACCCCCUCACAAACACAGCAAAAGGCCACCGAGUGCACAAGGAGGACAGAAGCCUGGUGGGAAAGGACCCGACUCUGCCAGGAAGGACAAGCCGAAAAGCCAUCCACCAUCAGAGAAAUGGGCCGGGCACAACCCACAUCCUAGAAAAAAUAAGUAGGCAUUGGAUCCCGGUUUUUUUUUUUAGCAGACCUGACACACAGGACUAAUGUUUUCAGGUGAUAAAUUACAACAGUUUGCUUAAAGUUUUGCUUUUGGUAUUCAACUAAUAUUUUCCCAAUAUGGACCAACUAGUCCGCAUUGACUUAUUCAAAUAUUAUUCUAGUUUUGCUACCUUGAAUGUGAUUUUAAAAAAAGGUGAGAGCAGCGCUUUGUAAAAAUAGAGUGGAAGACCGAUGGUCGGUUUGUCAAUCACAAAAAUAUUUCCAGAUUCUUGGGAUCUUCUUUUAGUGGUUAGGAACGUUCAGAGCUUCCCACCUUAUCUACUCACCGCAGGGGUCUUCAUAAAGUUCACUUGUCACAUUCCUGUUUGUUUUGUAAGUCUGCAGUUUAUGUACAACCCAAGCCAAGGAGCAAAGUAGUCAAAAACCUUCACAAGGAGCUUAAGAGAAUCUUCUCUAGACGCUGGGAAGAAUCCGCUGUUAACUAGCAUCAGACUUUUUUUUUUUAGCUUGACUGGCAGAAACUAAAAAACUCAGGGUUGUUUUUUUUCCAGUCAGUGAAUGCACCAUGUACAAAUGCUAACAAAUCAUGCUGACAACUCUCUUCAGUAUGGUUGUUGCUUGGUGUAGAAGAGGCAAUGUAAGUUAAACAUUGUCUAUCGUCAUAAAUCUCCCGUUUGCACCAUACUUGAUCAUCAUCAUCAUACAUGCAUAAUAAGUUUUGCAUGGUUAACUCUAAAGGACUGGGAGUCUAAUGAGGAAAUGGACAAUUAAGCGGUCAUUCAAGUUAAAAUGGUGAAUGAUUAAUUGCAUAUUUAUUGGACAAUUACCGUUCAUAGUGCUCUUGUCUCGUCACCCCCCCCCCCCCCCCCCCAUUAAUUAAAUAAAAACACUCACACCUGGUUUAUGUAUGAAAAUAUUUAUGGGAAUGUCUUCAAAUUCCAAACAUUACACCUCAUUACAUUCAUUUAAAUCAAAAUUGGUUCUUGUCACGUUUUGUAAACGGCCAUUUCCUAUGAUUGUUGGCAUUAAAAGCUUGUUUUCCUCUAAA